CAGUGACAGGGAAGCCAUUUUUUGUUGUAUCUAGUUUUUCUCACCGGUGGUUGUUCGGCUGGGAGGGCUGUCGAUUCUACGGCUGGGCAGGCUUCUUCUUUGGCUGCGGUAGCCUCACCACAAUGACAGUGGUCAGCCUUGACCGGUACCUCAAGAUCUGCCACCUUCGAUAUGGCCCUUGGUUGAAACGGCACCACACUUUCAUAUGCCUGGCCUUUGUUUGGGUAUAUGCAGCCUUCUGGGCUACAAUGCCACUGGUUGGUUGGGGAAACUAUGCUCCUGAACCUUUUGGGACCUCGUGCACUCUGGACUGGUGGCUUGCACAGGCCACUGUGUCAGGCCAGACCUUUGUAAUGGCCAUCCUCUUCUUUUGUCUCGUACUUCCCGCUGGCAUCAUUUUCUUCUCCUACGUCAUGAUCAUCUUCAAAGUCAAGUCCUCCUCUAAGGAGAUUUCACACUACGAUGCCCGCAUAAGAAACAAUCACAACCUUGAGAUGAAACUUACAAAGGUGGCAAUGCUGAUAUGUGCAGGCUUCUUGAUAGCCUGGAUUCCUUAUGCAGUGGUUUCAGUGGUGUCCGCGUUUGGAGAGCCGGACUCUAUCCCCAUCCCUGUGUCUGUCAUUCCUACUUUGCUGGCCAAGUCAUCAGCAAUGUACAACCCCAUCAUCUAUCAGCUAGUGGAUCUUAAAAACUCGUGCUCGUCCUGCUGUCGCAGAGUCAUGAAGAAACAAAAGCAUUUUAGAAAGUCCAGGUUCUACACCAUCUCUGGCUCAAUAAAGGAUACAGCACCAGCCAAAGAAGCUCACAUUGAGAUGUGAGACAGACAUUUGAGACUUCGACUGCAACUGUGUUACUUACCUCCUCUAAUUUUGAAGAUUUUGCCUUGUUCUCUGCCCUUUUUGGCCUGCACUUAACCAGUCACAUGCUGCCAACCCCGUCAGCUGCCCACGGUUGUUGAGAAUUCCUGAAUCUUGCAGUUCGAAGUUUCCCCAACUUUGGAUAUCCAUGCAUUUCCUGCAACUUCCUCUGUAGUAAUUGAUGGAAAAAUGAUUUGACCCUUGAGGUUUAUUUUGACCUGUGCAAUUGUGUUGUCUGUAUAUUGGUUAUAACUGCAGAUGGUGUGUAAUGGCUGAGAAAAAUGCGAGAAUUUAUUUUGGAAUGGCUGUCUGGCACUGGCGUAAGAAAGAGGUUUACAUUUUAUCGGUAAGUUGAUUUAAAAACUGAGGAGCUUUGCAGCCAAAUCACGUUACAUUUUGACCUAUUUUUGUAAUGUAAUUUUUGCAAAAAUGUAAAAAAUGCACAAAAAAGUUAAAAGUUGAAUAUAUUUUCAGUAGGAGUUCUUUAGCUAAGCUGAUACGAAUAGAAGAAAACAUACACACACAAAUCUGUCACUCAGGUGUGGAUGUAACCGACAAAGUUGUAUUUUUGCUGUUUGUGUAGCGUAUUGUCUUUUGUACUUUAACAUUUGUAGCUAGUAUAGAGUAAUAUGUAUCAAUAUCUAAAAGCACUGGAUCACAUUAGCUUAUCUUCUCAUCAUGGAUAAUCGUAGAAAGGGUGAUAUUAAACUGUUUCAGUUGGUGAAAAUGAGGCUAUGGCCUUUCAGGAAACCAUGCUGAAUUCAUUAAAAGACAAUGAUGUUAAAUAUUUCAAGGUAUAGCACUGGUCAAGAAAUCAAACUAACAGAUGUGUGCACUUUACUUUAAAAACAUAUUCAGAAAUGUUCACAAUCAUGCACUGAUUACAAUGUUUAUGUGAAUAGUUGUUGCAGAGAGGUGAACAAUAUUGAUUUGAAGAAAUCAUAUCCUACAAUAUUUUCUGCAUGCUGUUGUGGAAAUUGGCACAGGAAAAACUUCAGGGAUGGUUUUUACUUGUAUUAUUUUUUUUUUUACUUUUUUGCAAUUUUUUGUGGAUAUUGCAAGAAAAGAAAAAAAUAGAAAAUCAAUGUUUUCAUGAUUUUUUUUUUUUAUAUAAGAGCAAGGCUAAAAGAGCAUGCAGUUUAAAAGAGAAUUGACGUUACUAUAGAGAUGAAAAUUAAAGCACAUAAGGCCAAUAACCAGCACUGAAUUACAGAAAUUACACAAUAUUUGAAGCUCGAAAUUUAAGUUUAAAUGAUAUUUCCAUAUGACAUUCCAUGUGUAGCAGGAGUUCUAGAAAUGGCAAUCAUAUGUGACUACCGUGAAAAAAUAAAAUUGUCUUUUGAAUUUCCACUUCUUUUGAUUUUAAAACGUAAAAGUGAUACCAAAAGAAUCUAUUUAAUCAACAAUCAAACUGUUUUAACAUAUAGUCAUCUUGUAACAAUAUAAUUAUCCGUUGGGAAAAUAUGACUUUAACAAUUGCCAAAAUUGCAACAGUUCAAAGUUGCAUCACAGCAACCAACCCAGCAAAAGCAACUGGCCUCCAAGUUCACGAUAUUUGAAUCUGGUGACAAAUUCUGAUAUUAUUGAGAAGCAACACAAAAAACCCCAGGUUUACUCUCCAUGGCAACCUCACACAUUAUCCCUUAUUUGCUUAGAUAAUAGUUGUUUUGUGGCAUGAGUAAGGCCUUUUCAAUAAUACUGGUCAUGAUUUUAUGGUUGAUGUGGUACAUAAAAAAAAAAGAAAAACACAUUAGCAUCAAUAUAAUAGUCUUCUUCCCCUGUGAGAUUUGGGAUUGCCAAAAAUCCAUUUUUAAUGUGUGGCGUUUUUUUUUUUAUGUUUCUGCACAGAUUUCUUCCUACAUUUCUGUUGGUUGCCACUUCAUGUAUUCACCAUGAAAUGUAAGA